ACCACGUUUUGGGGAGAAACCAAAAACUUUGUAAACAAACUAUCGCAUUGAAAUUACAAAGCGUGUUUUAGUUGUCAUCCAAAAUUACAAUUAUGAACAUAAUUCGUAUUACUCAAUUCGCCAAUAAUUUGCCUGACAACACAACCGUAAUAUCUCACAACACGAAAUACAUGAGAUCACUACUCAGCAGGCCGAAACUAACAAACGUGCGCAGUGUUAACUGGUGCAUUCACCAUGCGUUGCAAAGUUCUAAAUGACUGUAGAGGAGAAUAUGUAAUCAUUAACAUGUAAUACAUAAGACACCGAAAAAGCCCUUUGUCUAGCCUAGCAUGUCGCUGUGUUUUCAGUCCAUCCUCGUAUCGGAAGCAUCUGCAGCGUGAAGUGCACGUUGAUUGGUUAAUACCGAUGUCCGUCACCGAUUUCGCAGGCCUCCUGGGUUUGCCUGGCCCCCGCGCGUAAUCAUGCUAGUGCACUCUUUCAACUCUCUGUUUAGACAAGUUUCCCUUGUGUGAUAGCUAGCAGGAAUGAAGAUGGUAAAGGACAGAUAGUUGACAGAUCAACAACAAGUUGGAUGUCACCCAUGUUUUUCUUUAACACGUUAUAGGACGUCUUAGCAUGUUUUUCGAAAUGUCAGCAUAACUUUUAAUCGCAGUAACGUUACGUGGAUUAUUGUAUGGCAUAAACCUUGGAUUUGUGACUGAGUCAGCUUGUUGGCUAACGCUGUUUUGGAACUGUGAAAAUGAAUAACCUGUCGUUUGACGAUCCCUCGCUGGAUCAUUUGGAUCCAAGUAUAUCACUGAAUGAUCCCAGUGAUAUUGACACAGCUCUUCUGAACGAUAUUGAUGAUAUGCUUCAGCUCAUCAAUAACCAGGACAUGGAGUUUGGCAGCCUGUUCGACCACCCGCAGUUUGGCUCGGGGCCCCCCCUCGCCCCGGACCCACCAGCACUGUCCCUCACCAGCACCACUCUGUCGGCCCCCGCCUCCUCGUCCGUGGUCCCCUCCUCGUCCACCACCUCCUCCAUCCUGAGCAGUAGCCCCCACCUGGACGCCCUGCUCGGGCCCCCCAUCUCGCGCAGCUCCGCCUCCCCAGAUAAGCUCUUCCAGCCGCCCACCUUCCAGCAGUCCCCUCUGGCCCAGGUGGCCCCGGCACCUGCCCCGGCUCCUGCCCCGGCAGCUGUGCGCCCCAUGCAGACGGCAACCCUCCAGAUCCAGCCUGCCAGCGCGCUGGCACCGGUGUCCGCUCCAGGCCCCUUGCUCGUGGGGAAGACGACGGCCUACAGUCCCCCCAACACCCAACCCCUCUUCAGUUCUCCCUCAACCCCCCAGCCACAACUACAACAACCACAGCAACCACAACAACAACAACAACAACAACAACCACAACAACAGCAGCAGCAGCAGCAGCAGCUGAUCUACACUAGCCAGGCUGCAUACCAAGCGGUGAACCAGGGCAGCCCAGCGCAGAUGGCUACUGGCCUGCCCACCUCGUCCCAGAGCGUCCAGUCAGUGACCUUCCAGGCCCACGUGCAGAGCUCCCCCAUGUUCACCACCGCCUCCAGCACACCCACGCAGACCAUCUCCCAACACGUGCAGCAGGUCCCUGUGCUGCUGCAGCCCCAGUUCAUCAAGGCCGAGUCUCUGCUGCUCACCACCCUCAAGCCAGACUCCUCCGGCACCAUGGUGACCACCGUGGCCACACCCUGCACCACCCUCACCUCCACCACCUCGCCAAUCCAGAGCACUUCACUGCAGGCCCUGAUGAGCGGAGGCACCAUCCUCACCACGGUCCCGCUCGUCGUGGACACGGAGAAGCUGCCCAUCAACCGCAUCGCCAUCAGCGGCAAGCCCGGCUGUGUGCCGCACAAGGGCGAGAAGCGCACGGCGCACAACGCCAUAGAGAAGCGAUACCGCUCCUCCAUCAACGACAAGAUCCUCGAGCUCAAAGACCUGGUCGCUGGGACCGAGGCCAAGCAGCUCAAUAAGUCCGCAGUGCUGCGCAAGGCCAUCGACUACAUCCGCUACCUGCAGCAGUCCAACCAGAAGCUCAAGCAGGAGAACAUGGCUUUCAAGAUGGCCACCCAGAAGAACAAGUCGCUGAAGGACCUCGUGGCCAUGGAGGUGGACGGCCCGAAGGUGGAGGUCAAGAACGAGCUGCCCACUCCUCCGCCCUCCGAGGGCGGCUCGCCCGACAACAGCCCCUUCCCCCACUCCAGCAGCGACUCGGAGCCCGACUCCCCCAUGGUGGAGGACAGCAAGAUGGAGCGUGCUGGGUCGGGCAGUGUGGGGAUGCUGGACCGUGCCCGCAUGGCCCUGUGUGUCUUCACCUUCCUCUUCGUCUCCUUCAACCCGCUCUCCGCGCUGCUGUGUGGGGCCGAUCUCAGCUCCUCCGCUGCGGCUGGCGGCCACGGCGCGGGCAGGAACAUUCUGGGCGCGGACAGUGCAGCGGAGUCGCAGGGCUGGCUGGACUGGAUGCUGCCCACCAUGCUGGUGUGGAUGCUGAACGGGGUGCUGGUGGUGGGGGUGCUGGUGCGGCUGCUGGUGUACGGAGAGCCGGUCACCCGACCCCACUCCGGCUCCUCCGUGCUCUUCUGGAGACACCGCAAGCAGGCCGACCUGGACCUCGCUCGGGGUGACUUUGCGCAGGCCUCCCAGAACCUGUGGACGUGCCUGAAGGCGCUGGGCCGCCCGCUGCCCAUCUCUCAGCUGGACCAGGUGUGCGCGGCGCUGUGGGCCGGCCUGAGGCUGUGCCUGCAGCGUCUGUGGGUGGGCCGCUGGCUGGCCGGGAAGGCCGGGGGACGCCUGCGCCACGACCGCCCCCUGCAGGAGGACGCGCGCAAGAGCAGCCGCGACGCCGCCCUGGUCUACCACCGCCUGCACCAGCUGCACAUGACCGGUAAACUGUGCGGCAGCCACCUCGAGGCCAUCCACAUGGCCCUGAGCGCGGUCAACCUGGCGGAAUGUGCCGGAGACUGCCUGCCCGUGGCCACGCUGGCCGAGAUCUACGUGUCCGCCGCCCUGCGCGUCAAGGCCAGCCUUCCCAGGAUCCUUCACUUCACCUCACGAGUGUUCCUGAGCAGUGCCCGGCUGGCGUGUCUGUCCCCCAGUGGUAGUGUCCCUCCAGCCAUGCAGUGGCUCUGCCACCCCCUGGGCCACCGCUUCUUCGUGGACGGGGACUGGACGGUGCGCAGCUCCCCCCGCGAGAGCCUCUACAGCCAGGCCGGAAACGCAGUGGACCCACUGGCCCAGGUGACCCAGGCCUUCCGGGAGCACCUGCUGGAGAAGGCGCUGUACUGCGUGGCUCAGCCCCGCGGGGAGAAGCCCACCAGCGAGGGAGAGGGUGAGUACUCUGACGCUCUGGAGUACCUGCAGCUGCUGACCAACGCUUCAGAUGCCGCUGGAGCCACGACGCAGUGCUUUGCCAUCGGCUCCAACAUGGCUACUGUUACAGGCUGUGACCCACACUCCAAGUGGUGGUCAUCUGUGGCCAUCGUGUUCAUCAACUGGCUGCAGGGAGACGACGCAGCUGCCGAGAGACUCUACCCAGCCGUGGAGCACCUGCCACGCAGUCUACAGGCGGCAGAGAGCCCGCUGCCCAAGGCAGCCCUGAGCGUGUUCCGGGCGGUGCGCACCCUGCUGGCCAGACCUGAGAACUACCAGCUGAGCCUGAGCUACUGCGAGAGAGCCAGCGGCCUGCUGAGAGACAGCCUCAACCUCGGGCCCCACUGCCACUGCAACGCCAUAGACAAGGUGGUGCAGCUGCUGCUGUGUGACCUGUUGUUGGUGACGCGCACUAACGUGUGGCGUGCGCUGCAGAGCCAGAGCGCCCCGGCGCCAGCGUCCCCCAGCGCCGCCUCCCCGCAGGCCUCUCCGGCCGAGCUGCACGGCUUCCAGCAGGACCUCAGCUCCCUCAGGAAGCUCGCGCAGACCUUCCGGCCCGCCAUGCGCAGGUUGUUCCUGCACGAGGCGACCGCUCGCCUGAUGGCCGGGGCGAGCCCCACGCGCACACACCAGCUCCUGGACCGCAGCCUGCGCCGCCGCACCACUCCUGGAGCCAAGACAGAGGAGGAGUGUGAGACGAGGCCCGGUCAGCGGGAGCAGGCGGAGGCGGUGAUGCUGGCGUGCCGCUAUCUGCCGCCCUCCUUCCUGUCGGCGCCCGGGCAGCGCGUGGGCAUGCUGGCCGACGCCGCCCGCACCCUGGAGAAGCUCGGGGACAAGCGCACCCUCCACGACUGCCAGCAGAUGAUCAUCAAACUGGGCAGUGGCACCACCGUCACGUCCACCUAAAACACCGCAAAACUCUCCCUCUCCCUCCCUCUCUCACACACACACACAUACACACUUUCACACAGACAUGAGUCACUUGGACAAAUGCCAUGUAUGAUAAACAAACACACACACACACCACACCAGUGGAGCAAGUACACACACACACACACACACACACUCUCUCACACACUCAGACCCACAGUUCCAUGGUGACAGUUGUUUCUUGACGUUAUUUGGGUACAUGGCCUUUGCUGUUUGUAGCGAUGAGUUCAACCUAUAGGUGAGGGUGUGUCUCCUGCCCUUUUCUCUUUGUCUUCAGUACCCCGUCAGACAUUUUCACACUCGCCAGCCCCUGCUCUGAUAAGACCUCCAGAUAGAAUGUUAUCACCAUGUAAUAAUAAUGAUUAUUAUUAUCAUAUAAAAAGAAACGUUUGCAUUUUUAUAUAUGACUUUCUAUGUAAUCAUAUUUAUAGCUUCCCUUGAAAAACAGAAUUGGGUUGGUUUUGAUGUUUUUUUGGGCUGCUGAGAGCUGCACUGUAGUGUCAUGCUCUGGCCACUGGGUGGCGUGUUGAUGACGGUGGCUGAACUGGCACACGGACGCCGGAGUUGAGAAUGUUGAGUGCUCUCUGGAGGGGCGUGAACAACCCCCCCCCCCCCCACCCCCCUCCUUUUCCAUAGCCGCACGACAAAAUAUGGAUCUAGAUGCACAUACGUAAGCAGUCUGUCUUUCUUUCUUCUUGUUGGUGUUUGUUUACCUGUGUAGCAACAGGGCGGCGGACGCACAAUAAGUACAGAUAAACAUUUCGUUUCUGUAAAGGUUGAUCUUGAAGCGCAUCUGCACUACUUUUUUUUUUGCCAGGAUGAUUUCAACAUGACGAGUUGAGGCUUUACGUUUCUUUUUGUUUUUGCUCAUUCAGAAAUAGAAUAAUUUGUGUUUUUUUUCCUUUGUAUAUAUUUUAAAAGUGUAUUUAUAAGAUUGUGUAAAAGAAAAGGAUUCGGAUCAUCAGUGUUUCGCAGUAGUCUCUUAUGACCGAUGGGAGCUCUGGAAUUGGACCCGCGACAGUGUUACUUCUGAGAGCGAGAGAAAGGUCGUUUGGUGUCUUGCGGAAAUGUCUUUGAAAAGAUUUGAAUCCAAUUUGAGUAUUUAAAAGAUUUUUUGCACUAUAGUUGGAGAAGAAAAAACGUUGUUAGUGUCUUUGUAGCGUCCUCCGUGAGGAGGCCGUGGGCUGCCUUAGCCACGCGCAAGGUGUCAGGGUGUAGCUGGGAAGUGUGCCCCCUUUUAUCCCGACUGGACAGAUAACAUGAUUUGUACAUUUUGUUCAUGGAGUCGUGAUAUAUCCAAAGACAGUUUUGUUUUACAUGGAGAUUGGGGGAGGGGGGAAGGGCAGUAUCCAGACCAUGAGUAUCCCAAAUCAGCGCUUUGUUCAUAGACCUGUUGAAGUCUAAAGAGAUGAUAGCCCAUGUGACGUUGGUUUUCACAGGACAGCUCAUGUAGCCGGGCCGUUACCAGCUCACGUUAACUUUUCUUUCGAUCGAGUGUCAACUGGAAAUAUUUACUGUAUAUCAUUUCCUCCCCUUCUACUGAUUUUACUCUUCAGAAUGUAAAUAAAAAUCUGUUUUUGUAACUAUU